AUGGCUGAAACUUUCGCCUUCAAUGCUGACAUCCAGCAGUUGAUGUCCUUGAUCAUCAACACCUUCUAUAGCAACAAGGAAAUCUUCCUGCGCGAGCUGAUUUCCAACGCAUCCGAUGCCUUGGACAAGAUCCGGUAUGAGAGCAUCACCGACCCUGAGAAGAUUGAGGCCCAGCCGAAUUUCUUCAUCAAGAUCGUCCCGGACAAGACCAACUCGACCCUGACGAUCGAGGAUUCAGGCAUCGGCAUGACCAAGACGAACGAGCUCAUCAACAAUCUGGGCACCAUCGCCAAGAGCGGCACAAAGGCCUUUAUGGAGGCAAUGGCCGCGGGCGGCGAUAUCUCCAUGAUCGGACAGUUCGGCGUCGGCUUCUACAGUGCCUACCUUGUUUCCGACAAGGUGCGUGUGAUCAGCAAGCACAAUGACGACGAGCAGUACAUCUGGGAGUCUGGUGCCGGUGGAUCCUUUACUGUGCAGAAGGACACAGAGCUCGUGCACGGCGAGAUCAAGCGCGGCACCAAGAUCAUCUGCUACCUCAAGGAGGACCAAUCUGAGUUCCUGGAGGAGCGACGCCUCAAGGACUUGGUGAAGAAGCACUCUGAGUUUAUUGGCUUCCCGAUCGAGCUCUAUGUCGAGAAGUCCAAGGAGAAGGAGGUCACCGAUUCCGAGGAGGAGGAAGAGGAGAAGAAGGAGGAUGCCGGAGACGAUUACAAGAAGUUCUACGAGCAGUUUGGCAAGUGCCUGAAGCUGGGCGUGCACGAGGACUCGACGAACCGCACCAAGGUCGCAGAGCUCUUGCGAUUCCACACCUCCAAGUCGGGCGACGAGCAGAUCAGCCUGAAGGAGUAUGUGGACCGCAUGAAGGAGGGCCAGAACGACAUCUACUACAUCACGGGUGAGAGCAUCCAGGCGGUGUCUUCGUCGCCCUUCCUGGAGACCCUGCGCAAGAAGGGCAUCGAGGUGAUCUACAUGACGGACCCCGUGGAUGAGUACUGCGUGCAGCAGCUGAAGGAGUUCGAUGGCAAGAAGCUGAAGAGCACCACCAAAGAAGGGCUGGACAUUGAUGACGAGGACGAGAAGAAGAAGUUGGAGGAGCUGAAGGCGGAGUUCGAGCCGCUGACGAAGCUGAUGAAGGAGGUGCUGGGUGACAAGGUUGAGAAAGUCAUGGUGAGCUCUCGCAUGGCUGACUCUCCUUGCGUGCUGACCACCUCCGAGUAUGGCUGGUCUGCCAACAUGGAGCGUAUCAUGAAGGCGCAAGCCCUUCGCGACAACUCCAUGACAUCUUACAUGGUCUCCAAGAAGACUAUGGAAGUGAACCCAAAGCACUCCAUCAUGUCUGAGCUGAAGAAGAAGGCUGCGGCCGACAAGUCCGACAAGACAGUGAAGGACCUGAUUUGGCUGUUGUUCGACACCUCGCUCCUGACCUCUGGCUUCAACCUGGAUGAGCCUACGCAGUUUGCAGGCCGCAUCCACCGCAUGAUCAAGCUCGGCCUCAGCAUCGAUGACGACGAUGAGGGCCUGGGCGAUGAUGACGAUUUGCCUCCGCUGGAGGAGGUUGAGGGCGCGGCUGACGAGGCUUCCAAGAUGGAGGAGGCGGACAACGACGCCGUCGAGGAGCUCCGCUUCGAGGCGAGCCUCCGCGCGGCGGCGCCGGAGUUCGUCCCCGAGAGCUUCGGCUUCGCCGCGGAGGUGCCGGAGACUCCGGGCUUCUACGAGGGCGACUUCGCGACAGAGGGCGACUUCGCGACAGAGACCUACGGCCCCGGCUUGGACUUCCAUGCCCACGGCGCGGUGGAGCCGGCGGCGGUUUUGCCCUUCGACUACGCGCAGGCGUUCGAAUACGGCGAAUACGAGGAGGAGACCUGGCAGGGCUACUAUGAGGGCGAUGCCUGGCACGAGAGCUUCGGCUACGGCUACGAGGGCUACUCCGAGGCGCCCUGCAUGGCCGGCGAAUGGCACGCGCACGCCGCGCCCUACGCAGGCGAUCACCUCGAUGAAACGCUGGCGGGGUGUCCGGUCGAUGGCUCGAGCGGACCGCUGCGGCAAGCCGCAGGAGACGAGGUUCGCGGUGCUUUUGGCAUGGACGAGGACCUGCCCCGCGCUGCGGCUUUGGAGUCCUUGCCGGACCCCGGGCCCGGGCGCGCCUCGCAGGCUCGUUUGCAGGGCCGCGGCAAAGGCUCCGGGCCCUUCCACCUCACGAUCGAGCAUCUGGAAGACUGGAUGGACGAGGGCUUCGUCGCCUCUUUGGUGGCCGGCUUUGGAGCAGAGGUGAGCGUCAGCAAGGCCCAAGGAGCCGCCUUCCUGGGGUUUCCCAGCCAGGCGGAGGCGGAGGCUUGUUGGAAGGCCCUUGAGCUCCCGCGAGGCUUGACGCUGCGCAAAGGCCGCGGCCUGGCGCAGCGAGAAGAGGGCAAAGCUGGCCGAUCGAAGACCGGGAGCGAACUUGACAAGGGCAAAGCGAGAGGCAAAGCCGAGCGCGGCAAAGGUGGAAGCGAAGCCCGAGACCUCUGGGCCUACAUCGACCCCCGGGGCAAGAUCCAGUCUGGGUUCAGCAGCGGGAAGAUGCGGGGCUGGUUCGAGGGCGGCUUCUUCAAGGAUCACCUGGAGGCAUUUUCCGAUCCCCGACGACUUCGGGACUUCGGAUCGGCGUCGAAGAUUUUCCCCCGAGCGGUCUAUGCACCUGGGCCCGAAGACUUCUUAGCUCUUGGCCUCAAAUUGGCAGACCGGCUCUUCGCCAUAGGCGGCCCCGAUGCGAGAUGGCCAGGUGCCGCCACGCCGGGCCUUUCGGACGCUCAAGGAGUUUACAAGAAACGCCAGCUUGACACCGGCUUUCAGCUGAGCACCCAAGCCCCUGCUCUGCUGACUGAAGCUUUGGACCAGCGGCAAUUCGGCACCAAGACGUGGCCCAACGACUGCCGCUGCAAUGUGGUGGUCAGCACUUCCGGAUUCAAGGCUUGGGAAGGCACCGUGGCGUGCCCGGGCCCCGGUGGCCAGAACGCCUGCGUGGUCCGCGCCGAGCCCGAUCUGGAGUCCGAGAAGCUGGCGGACCUGGCGCCGGGCACCGCCGUCACGGUGCUCGAGGAGCAGACUGCAUCAGGGCGCCUGAGAUACCGCUUGGGGCGUCCAGUCGAGGGCUGGGUCACCGCCAAGUACGUGAGGCAAAAGGGCCCCAAAGAGAAGGGCGAGCCGCCCGUGCGCGCGGACAAUGGAGACUGGAAGCCGCUUGGUGAGACCACCUUCUUCCCGGACAGCACCAUGAAAGUGAGCGACAAGACCCCAAUGGGCUAUCCUGUGGACAUCUUCCAAGGGCAAGAUGUGGAUGUGAGCUUCGGCUCUCCGGCGGCCAUGUACCGCGACCGGGUGGAGAUGGCUAUGUGGGUGGCGCGCAGGGUUGGCAGCUACAAAGAUUCCUUGGGUGAGGAGGUGAACGCCAUGCUGAUGGCGGAGAAUGAGCCUUCGCAGCCGCGGCGGUAUCGGCCCCAGGUUUUAUACAUCGCCGGGGUGGAAGGCACCGGGCACCACGGCGUGAUGCCCAUGAUCCUCUUCCCGGCCGUGAAGCAGUUCGGGAACUGCACUCUCUCCUGGUGGCGAUCCUUGCGAGAGGUGCUCAUGAAGACUCCGCCCAAAGAGCGGCGGGCACGGCUGAAGAGUUUGCUGGACGCGAUGCAGGUUUUUGACAAGCCUUUCUUCAUCAUGGAGUGGGCCUCCUGGCCGUUCGGCGAGCACGUGCGCAGCCGAUGGGGCAAGGGCUGCGAUGACCCAGCUGCGCUGGCGCGGGAGGAGGGCAGUGGCAACCCCGGCAACUCCGUGGACCUGCUGGAGUUCGUGGAACUCUUUCAGGAGCACGGGGACGUCAAGGUGAGGGAACCGAACCUCAUCCGGCCGCUUGCCGUUGGCUUCCGGCAAUUCGCCCAUGUGGGAGAGUCUGAAACAGGCAUUACUCACUUGGUCGCGCAGCAGGACCAAGCCAGAGGGGAACAGCACACGCUGGUCACCUAUCUCGACGAUAGGAAUCUGGUUGCCAAAUGUCCAGAGCAAGCAGCGCGCCUGUGGCGCGGCUGGCAGGACAUGUCUGGCCAUGUGGGCCUGUGGGAAAACGCAGACAAGGUUAAGGAUAUUCCGCCUUUGCCCACCUUGCAAUCGUGGUUCGCCAACGGGCACGAGCAUGGCCAGCCCGUUCUCGAAAAGGCCUUGGACCUGCCCAACUCCCUCACCUGCGAGCGCCAGGAGGCCUGGGACGCUUUGGCCGCCACCCUCUCUGUGCUGCUGGACCACCCGGACGCCCCCGCCGAGGAGCCCAACGCUCUGCCGAAACUCUGCUGGCAGCUGGACCCAGCGCUGAUCAGAUGGAGCGUGAGCGAGAUUCUGAACCCCUCCUGGUCUCCGGACCUGAACGAGGUGAACUUGAACCUCUAUGAGGCGCAGUACUACUGCGACGAGCGGGUGAAUGAGCUCAUCGAAGGAGAGGUCAAGGGAACUUGCGAGACGAGGUCCAGCUCGCCGCUGCCCAGCUGCCUCCAUGGCGCUGCCACCGUCAUGGCCUGCGCGGCCAACAUGUUCCUGCGGCACCACAAAGAUCCGGAGAUGGAGGAACUGGCGCCGGUGGCGUUGUCCUCGGCCCUGGGGCUGCGGUGGCUCUUGGAGUCCCAGCACAGGUACCUGGAGUUCCUGGACUCUUCCAACUGGCCGCUCCGGCUGGAGGACGUGGCGACCAUCUUAGACGCCUUCCGCGGCGCGUGGAACUGGACGGCGAACUCCAGCGAGGCGCUGGCCCAGCGCCUGGGGCCCUCCCGCAGCCCCUGGGACGGCGCUGGUGGCGCUGGCGGACGCGAGCGGCCGGUGCGGGAAGCGCAGCAGAGCCUGCGGAUGGCGGCGGCCUGGAGGCCGCCCCCGCCGCCAAAGCGGGUGCCGCCGCUUUGGGCCCCGGUGCGGCUCUGGGCAUUUGGCACCCACUGCUCGGUGAUGGCAGAGCCGAUUUCAGUGAUCACCACGUUGCUGGAGGACAUUGAGCUCUCCCUCACCUGGCUGGGAGCUUCGGACUACUGCCAGUACCACAAGGGCCACUUCGCCAAAGAUGCGGACAGCCCAGUGAGGCGGGCUUUUUCGGGCGUAGGCGGACCUUUUGGUCUUCCUUGA